CUUCACUUCUUAAAGAAUCAUGAAUGUAACCCCCACUCCCACUACCUGCGCACCUGCAUACACAGGUCAUGGCUCAGAUCAUGGGCGCUGUAGCGGCGCUGAUGCGGGUGCAGUUCGUGAGCGGCACACACGCCAUCGCCUCGGCGCUGUACUCCGUGCUGCGGCCGGGAGACGAGUGGCGGGGCACUGCCAGCGGCGCGUCCCGUCAUUACAGCCCACCCUUUAUCCUCGGCCUCGCUGCACGGCCUCGAGGGCGAGGGCCGGUGUGGGUUGCCACCAGUGCUUCAUGGGCACGCAGCGUUGCAUAGGGGGUCGCGCAUUAGCGCUGUGACGUUGCGGGGGGUCUGCAAGGCUGAUAGCUGAUAACUGGAUGGGGCAUGCCGCGGCCCAUGUCCCAGCUUGACCAUUCGGAGCUUAAACAGCGCUGGCACCGUGCAUGAAUGGGCCUUGCAUGCGCAUGUUCGUGGACCUGAGGGAUGGCAUGGACAUAAGGGAUGUGGGCGGCCCUGGUUUUUGACACACUGGAGUCAGGAGGCACAUGAGAAAUGAAUAAAGACAAGUGCAACCCGGUCUCACCGGGGCGUGCCCAUUCACGCGGCACCGUCCAAAGCCCAAACCAUCCUAAAUGCCUUUACAGGGCAUACUGUAUGUUAUGAAUAAGUGGAAGUGGCGACCUGCCUGCUCGCCGAGGGCAGUGGGCGGAAUUUUGGACUAGGAAUCUGAGACGACAGGCGUGUGUGGGGGGGGAGGGGGAGAUCGGUAAGGUCAGAAUCUAGUCGGACUUUUCCCCCGACCAGUUUUGUGGGGUUGAAGUGACUGCAACUUUGGACGGUGCGCGCAGCGCAGGUGAGACCGGGUUGGACGAGAUCAUCUAGACAAGACGGGUCAUCUACGCUACGUAGACGCCGCGGCGGGCCUGAAGGCAUCUUCAUGGUAGGGGCAUUGGCAGAAUUCACAUAGUUAUCAGUACUACCAUACUAUUGAAUGGAGGGCAGAGGACGGCGCCCUGUAAGUGCAGUAGGUUGAUCGGUCGAUCCAUGCACGCGCCCGGAAGCGCGACAGUACCAGCACCAGUGGAGGCGCGGGCCGCCAUAGCAACCGCCACGUACACCACGGUCGCUUGAUCAUCUCCAAGCGCACGGGUCAGCGUCGUGGCCGGGUCCGGGUCGGGGUCAGGGUCCAGAUCGUCAGAGGAGCUGAAGUUAGAAGUGAGGUGAUAGUAGAAUUGAAGCGCGUUGGUUGUCGGUUACAGUAGGCU